AUGUCUGCUGUUUCGGAGUUUGAGUCCAUACUAAAGGAGUUACCCACUUUAAAGGCCCCAGGUGUCUCUGGGUCUCGUAUCAAGAAACUCACCGACAUUGCUGUGGCUAAUGUUAAGGACGGAUCCCAAAUUGUUUCUGCCUUGUACAACAGUUGCAAAGCUACUCCCUCUUCACAUAAGUUGGGUGCCUUGUAUGUUGUGGACUCCAUCGUGAGGGUCUACAAAGAAGAGGCAAAGAAGAGAGGUGAAGCUAUAGAUGCAUCUGCUCCUGAAGGUUCCUUUGCCAGUGGUGUUUACAAGAUUAGUGAAUUAAUCGAGUCCAUCAUGGACGACGCCAUGCUGUUGCUGGUUGUGCCUUCUACCAACACUAAGAUCUCCAAGCUCGUGGACAUUUGGGAGCGUGCUGCUACUUUCUCUCCUGCCACUUUGGCAGCCAUGAGAGACAAGCACUUCCGCUCUGCCACGCCUCCUGGUAGUCCUCCAAAUAAGAAGUCAUCGCUUCCCCCACCACCUCCUGCUGCUGCUUCCUCUAGUGCCUCUGCUGCCUCUGGUGCUCCAGCUAAUUCUAGUCAAUCCAACCACGCAAGCGAUUCAGGAAAUAUCUUGCUGACUUUGGCCUCCUUGGCAAAGAAGACCGAGACUCCUACUCCUCCUGCUGUCGCUUCUCCAGGAACACUGCAAGCAGCGCCUUCAAACAACAACAACAACAAUAAUGCUGCCAAUAUCUUAUCUCAAUUGUCGGCGCUUGCUGGCGGGAGCCAAAACAAGAGUGGCUCUCCAGCGCCACAGAACCAGAGUAUCCGUAGCCCCGGCUUUCAGAAUGCUCAGCCAAUACAACAGGCGUCGCAGUCUCAGCUUCCUCCUAUCCCUCAGGUUCAGCAAGGUCAGCUCUUUAACAUGUUACAGCAGAUGCAAGGCGGUGCAGGCUCUGCUCAAUCGCCACCACCAGGUGCCCAAAUGCCCGGUAUGCCUCCUGUUCCUAACGGUCAGGGUUUGCCUCCACAUCCUGGCAUGCCUCCAAUGCCUCCACAAGGCCACAAUGGCUUCGAUCGUAAUGGUGUCUAUGGUCAGCACCAGCAGUAUGAAAGAAGAGGUCGUGACGACGGUUCAGGGUACCUGAGAAGAAAUCGUUCCCGAUCGCCUCCAAGAACUCAUGGUUCUCCAGGCACUCAAGACAAGUCUCUCUCGCAUGGCUUCGCUCCUCAUGAAGGUGAGCGUAACAUUCCUGGUGCCCCUCAUUAUCGUCCUCGUAACGUAGGGUUCGACAACACUAUUCCUCAGGGCUCUUUCAAGGUGAUGUCAAGAACAUUGUUCAUUGGAGGUGUUCCUCGUGGUAUGGAUGAGAGAUCUCUCGCUUCUCACUUGAGACCUUACGCUGAAGUUCAAUCGGUCAUUCUCAACAGCGAGAGAAAGCAUGCUUUCGUCAAGGUCUAUUCCAGGAGAGAAGCUGAGGCUGUCAUCCAAUCAUUCAACAAGGACGGUGCUUUGCCUUUGAGAACGCGUUGGGGUGUUGGUUUUGGUCCCAGAGAUUGUUGCAACUACCAGCAUGGUGUCUCGAUUAUUCCCAUUGUGCGUUUGACUGAUGCUGACAGGCAGUGGGUUGUUGAGGCCGAAUGGGGUGGAACUGGUGGUCAGCCCCUUGUAAGUGGUAUUGUAAUUGAUGAGCCAGACAUCGAGAUCGGUACUGGUAUAUCUUCCAAAGCAAUGUCUAAGAAGAUGCCUACGAACUCUACAAGAAACGGUCCCAAGUCUAACAGGCCUGGGGAAUCUGAAGAUCAGUAUGUUAAAACUAGCAUGGGCAGUCGUCCAGACUUCAAUGGCUACAACAAUCAACAAGCAAACCCAUUGUCUGGUUUGUUUGCUAAUCUGCCGCCACCAGGAUACCCUGGUCAGAUGCCUAUGCAACAGAUGCCACCACAGCAGCAACCACCACAAGGAUAUCCACCCAACUUCGGCAAUCCACAAAACCCCAACUUGGGUGCCCAGUUGGCCAACUUCUUCCAGAAUGGGGGUCAACAGUAA